AUGCAUGAGAAACACGGAGAUUUCGUGCGCGUUGGCCCGAACGACAUCUCAAUCGUCAACCUAGACGCCAUCACCAAGAUCCACGGACCACAGACAAAGUGCACUAAGCGCAAUACCGGAUUCUACGACGCCUUGAGGACAAAGGGCGAGUUGAACUUGGAUUCUCUUUCGCACAACGAGGUACACCGCGAUAGACGUAAAGUCUGGGAUCAAGCUUUAGGGAGUAAAGCCCUCGAGAAAUACGAGGAAGAGACCCGCACCGUCCUCCGGACCUGGCUUUCCCGCCUCGACGAAGUCCUAGGAAAGCCCAUCAACGCCUCUCACUACGCUAAACUCAUCCCCUUUGACAACAUGGGGCGCGUAGGCUACGGCCGAGACUUCGGCACCGUCCGAGACGGCAGAGAGGAUAGAAUGCUCGACCUCAUCGAGACGACGUUCAAGUUGGGCGCUCGACUAGGGCAGACGCCUUGGCCGCUCGUGUUUCUGGCGAAGCUGCCGCGGAUGGGAAUGCAGAAGGAGUUUGAGGAUUUGGGGGUCCGACUUGUGGAUGAGAGGAUUGCCGUUGAUUCUGAUGAGUCUCACGACAUGUUGAAGUACUUUCUCGAUGACUACAAGUCUGAAAAACCAAAGACCUUCUUCAAUGUCAACAUCAUGUAUUCUGACUCCCAAGCCAUCCUCAUCGGAGCGACAGAUACAAUAUCCUGCACCCUAGGGUACGCCUUCUACUACAUCGCCCGCGACGCCAGCCUCCGUCAGCGUCUUUACGAAGAAAUUGCACCUGUGCACUCCAAGACCCUGGAAGGGGAAUUCGCUGUAACGGACCUCAAUAAGCUCGAGCUGCUUGAAGCUGUUAUCACUGAGACCCUGCGCAUGUAUGCGCCGGCGCCGAUCAACGGGCCUAGAAUGGCUCCGCCGGAGGGAGUGACGAUUGAUGGAACUUACAUCCCUGGAGAUGUGACUUUGUGUACGCCAAUCCACUGCUAUCAUCGAAGUCACAAAUAUUGGAGGUACCCCAAUGAGUUCGUCCCCGAGCGCUGGACGACGCGGCCCGAGUUGAUCAUUGACCGCAGGGCUUUCUUGCCCUUUAGCUACGGCCGAUAUGACUGUGUAGGACGGCGUCUGGCCUGGAACGUUCUACGGCUCACCAUCGCCUACACUCUCUGGAAUUACGACUUUGAAUUCGCUCCUGGAGAAGACGGCAAGACGUUCGAGGCGGAAGCCAAGUUCCAGCUAAUUAUAAAGCCCGCGAAGUUGGAUUGUGUGUUUACGAAGAGGCCCGAGACUCGGGUGUAG